AUGGCGCUGCUGAGGCGCCUCCCGCGGCGGCGCUGGAAGGGUCCUCCCAAAGGGCAACAUCAGCAGGUAAAUGUUCCUGAAGACCCAGCAGACAAGUUGCUCCUUGCAAGCUGGGGUCUUCCCAAAGCAGUUCUGGAGAAAUACCACAGUCUGGGAGUAGUACAGAUGUUUGAAUGGCAAGCAGAAUGCCUAAUGCUUGGACAAGUUCUGGAAGGGAAGAACCUAGUUUACUCAGCUCCUACCAGUGCUGGGAAGACUCUUGUUGCAGAAUUGCUUAUUUUGAAGCGAGUCCUGGAGACUCGUAAGAAAGCUCUUCUCAUCCUUCCCUUUGUCUCUGUGGCCAAGGAGAAAAAAUGUUAUCUGCAGGCCCUGUUUCAGGAGGUAGAUGUGAGAGUGGAAGGCUACAUGGGAAGCAUGUCUCCUGCUGGACGUUUCUCUGCCCUGGAUGUUGCUGUCUGCACCAUUGAGAAAGCCAAUGGUCUAAUCAAUAGACUAAUAGAAGAAAACAAAAUGGAUUCGCUGGGAGUGGUGGUUGUGGAUGAGUUGCACAUGCUGGGAGACUUUCAUCGAGGAUAUUUGCUGGAACUCCUUCUGACCAAAGUCAGAUAUGUUACAGAGAAGGUUGCAAAACGACAGGCGAAGAUGACCAGUCCCUGUUUUGGUGGGAUACAGAUAGUAGGCAUGAGUGCUACCCUCCCUAACUUGGGACUCCUAGCCUCCUGGUUAGAUGCAGAGUUGUACUGUACAGAUUUUCGCCCUGUGCCCCUCCAGGAGUGGGUGAAAAUCGGCAGCAACAUUUAUGACUCCUCCAUGAAUUUAGUGCGAGAAUUCCAGCCCAAGCUUCAACUGAAGGGAGAUGAAGACCAUGUUGUGAGCCUGUGUUAUGAGACUGUUUGUGAAGGUCAUUCAGUCCUGCUUUUCUGUCCAUCCAAGAACUGGUGUGAGAAGCUGGCAGACAUCAUUGCCAGGGAAUUCUACAGUUUGCAACAGGCUGAGAGUUCUGCAAAAAACUCAUCCCUUUCCCCAGUUGUUGUGGACAGAGAAGGGAUCGAUGAGGUUCUGGAUCAGCUAAAGCGUUCUAUCUCAGGCCUGGACUCUGUGCUCCAACGUACUUUGCCAUGGGGAGUGGCAUUUCAUCAUGCAGGUCUUACCUUUGAUGAACGGGACAUCAUUGAAGGAGCCUUUCGCCAGGGCUUGAUUAGAGUCCUAGCAGCAACCUCCACGCUCUCAUCUGGAGUGAAUUUGCCUGCACGUCGAGUAAUUAUACGAACUCCCAUGUUUGGUGGCAAACUGCUGGACAUUCUCACUUACAAGCAGAUGGCUGGAAGGGCUGGCAGGAAAGGAGUAGACACAGAGGGUGAGAGCAUUUUAGUUUGCAAGCCCUCAGAAAGAUCAAAAGGAACUGCUCUACUUCAGGGAUCUCUCAAGCCUGUUUGCAGUUGUUUGCUUAGAAGAGAAGGGGAAGGUGUUGCUUCUAGCAUGAAAAGAGCAAUACUUGAGAUCAUAGUGGGAGGAGUGGCCAACACUCCAGAUGAUGUGCAGACCUACGCUUCUUGCACACUUCUUGCAUCCAGCUUGAAAGAAAACAAGUGGGAAAACGAGAAAGCACAAGACAAAGCACAGACUGGACCUAUCGAAGCUUGUGUGGCAUGGUUGGUGGAAAAUGAAUUCAUUCAGAUUCUGGACUCCGGCAAUGAUGUGAAAGCAAAGGUUUAUCAUCCAACACAUCUUGGCUCAGCUACUCUUUCUUCUUCUCUUUCACCCACUGAAGCCAUGGAAAUCUUUGCUGACCUGCAGCGAGCUAUGAAAAGCUUUGUUCUAGAGAAUGAUCUGCAUAUUGUCUAUCUGGUUACCCCAGUGUAUGAGGAGUGGACCACAAUUGAUUGGUACCAGUUUUUCUGCUUAUGGGAGAAGCUGCCUGCCUCAAUGAAACGUGUGGCUGAGCUGGUGGGGAUUGAAGAAGGCUUUCUGGCUCGCUCAGUAAAGGGCAAAAUCAUAGCUAAAACAGAGAAACAGCAUAGACAAAUGGCCAUCCACAAAAGGUUUUUCACCAGUCUUGCCCUUCUGGAUUUAAUCAGUGAGGUUCCCUUAAAGGAUAUGACCAAGAAAUAUGGCUGUAGUCGUGGCCAGCUUCAAUCCUUGCAGCAAUCUGCUGCCACCUAUGCAGGAAUGGUAACGGUUUUCUGUAAUCGACUGGGCUGGCACAACAUGGAGCUGUUGCUCUCUCAGUUCCAGAGCCGCCUCACUUUUGGGGUUCAUAGGGAGCUUUGUGACCUGGUCCGAGUGUCUCUGCUGAAUGCACAGCGUGCUAGGACACUUUACAACGCUGGCUUUGUCACAGUGGCUGAUCUUGCUAAAGCCAGUCCUGAUGACGUGGCAACUGCUCUGAAGAAUUCAGUACCAUUCAAAAGCGUUCGUAGGGCUGUGGAUGAAGAUGAAGAAUCCGCAGAGGAGCGUCGGACUGUGCGCAGCAUCUGGAUGGCUGGAAUGAAAGGCUUAACUGAAAGAGAAGCAGCUUCCCUCAUUGUGGAGGAAGCCAGGGGACUUCUCCAGCAGGAUUUGGCAGUGAUGGGAGUACAGUGGAACCCAAAAUCUUUUCUUGAGUCUGAUACAUCCUCUAUGAUCAGCAGUGAGUCAGAACUCGAAGACAGACUACAUAGAUCAAAUGGGGAGCAGUCUUCUGAGUCUUCUAGGGUGUUAAACAAAAAAGGGUGCAGCAUUCAACAUCGUAAUGGUCUUGGUUCUUGGACUGUAAACUUAUCAAAUAUUAAAAAAGGAUAUAAAAGGCAACUAAGUGGUAGUACAGAAAACUGCAGAUUUGAGAGUGAAGUCCCAGGCAGGAGGCAUGCUCGAGCAGAGGAAGGCAAUGAUGAUAUUGUGUACAGUGCUAGAAAACGGCCAAAUAUGUGCAGUGAGAGUGAAAAUAUGGGGGAACUUAAUCUGGGGAGGAAGGACAAAAUGGAAGGAUUAUUUCCAGAGCCUGCCACCAUUAAUGAAGGCAUGCUUAAGGGGAGAGCAAGUUUUCAGACACCUGUUACAUUGCAGGAUACUCCACACAUCCAUGUGGGGACACACAAUAUUGUAGAAAGUCUAGUGAUACCUGCUAGCGCUAGGACACUGAGAAAUGAAAAUACUGAUGAUAAGCAGAAUAAAAUUAGUAAAAUGCAAACAGAUGUGAGCUGUGCUGAGGUGAUGAUUGGUAAGCAGCAGAUGGCUUUAGAUACAGAUCACCGUAAUGUAACUGCUAGCUGCUCUGGAAAUGAACGUGGCCAUAGUGGCAGCAGGAUACAGAAGCCUGUGCAUUUUUGUCCUGGUGAGGAUAAAUCCUGCCAUAUUCAGAUUCAGAAUGGUGGCAAAAAUGGAAGCGAAAAGCCCAGUGGAAUAUUGUUACAAGCUGGAGCACUGCAGAAAGCCAACAGUCAUCCUAAGGAUUUUCUGAAAGAUGCUCUAGUAAAAUCCAGAGGUGUUUGCAAUGCAGGUGAUGUUCAGAAUGGUCCAUCCUCUGAUCUGUUUUCUGACUCUAGAGACUUUGAAGACAGCUUCCAGUUGGAUACUCAAACUGAGAUGAUAAUAAAACAGGAGGGAGCAGCUGGAAUCACAGGACAGCAGGGAAUACAAGGUUCAGAGCUGGCAGCGAUAUCACGGCAGGAAGUCUCCAAGAAACUAAGUGCUUCACAGACUGAGAAUGCUGCUGCUGAAAGACUGGCUGCAACAGUUAGGAAACUAGGCUUAUCUAGUCCUAUCACAACAAAUAACAUUACAAAAAAUGCAGCUCAGCACUGCAGUAAUAAAGAUUUGAAGUCUGGAGGCCCUAAUUUACAGCCCAUAAUGAAGGACAUAGAAUCUGCAGUUUACUUUAAGGAAAGCGAUUUCUCAGUGACUGACUCCCAGCUACACAGUUUUCUACAAGAUUACCAGACCCAAAAUUCAGCGAAGGAGGAGACUGUGGCUAAAGACCUUAAUAAAGCAACUUCCCCUUUUGGUAGUGAGCACAUUGUACAAGUAGAAUGUCACCCUGUCCCUGAAACAAGCCUGAAUAUGAGUGAUAGCUUGCUGUUUGAUGAUAGCUUCAGUAAUAUCAGCGACCUUUCAGCUGUUCACAUCAUGGAAGCUGACAGAAAGCCCCUUGCUUCUCCACAAGUUUCUUUGCUUGCUCCAGAAGGUCUUUUGGAGAACCUAAGGCCUGUUCAGAAUAAGUUUGACGUCAGUGGCAAUCAGAAAGAGCAUGAGGACCCUGCAAAGCUUAACAAUGUGUCUCUAGUAUUCUCUGAUCUAAUAGCUGAAGUUUUAGAUCAUGCAAACUCCCCGUCUUUUCUAGAAGAUACUCCUUCUGCAUUUCAUGGUCAGUCAGGAUUAAGAAACCCAGUGAUUUGUAACAAUGACACCAGACCAAAGGAUUUAGUAGGAGAUCAAGGUGAAAAGCUCCAGAGAAGCCAACAAGCUUUAGACAAGAAAACUCAUGCAGCGGUGUGGACUGGCCACUCGUUUGAACUAAGCCCAGGACUGCAGGAUGUAUUAGACAAAUGGCCUAGUCCCUCAGGCGUUGAACCAGUUUCAGUAAGCUCCUGUUUGAAAGAGAAGUUAGUUGCUCCUAUUACUAAUAAAGAGCCAGAUCUAGUUUUUGAAUCUGACUGUUGUCAGCCAGAGACUUUGCCCACUUACCAGGAUUUAAAAAGCUGUUUCAAGGUUACAGAAAACAAAACAGAAGGCUUGGAUCUUCCGAAAACAGACUGCAAGGGAAGCAACAGAACAUCCUGUCCUCCACCAGAUAGUAAUAACGCGUUUAUUCCCCCAACACCCCCCAAAGACCUUUUGCCAAAGAGUUCUCUUUCUCUCUCUGUGAACUCUGCAAGGAAGAGACAAGUCACCUGUAUGAAUGAAGGGCAGCUGAUUCAGCCACAGCAGAAUAGCGAGGGCAAUGCAGAGCAGCAGGUAAAAACACUCCAGGAUAAUCCUGGGAUCGUAGACCCAGUUGAGACUGAUGAGAUAAAAGAUGAUUCCACUAUAGACCAAGGCUUUUCACUGCAGCUAUCUCAGGAUGUUUUUCCACUCAUUCCCUUAAGUGCUGAAAGUUUCACUAUUAUCGAUGUAGCAAGUGACAAAGCACUCUUCCAGACUUUUGUUGCAGAAUGGAAGGAGAAAAGCAGAUUCUCCAUCUCAGUGGCAUGUGAAAGAACAAAAUGUCUUUUGUCUCCCAAAUCAACAAUUGGUGGCAAAUUCAAAAAAGUAAGUUCCCCUCAGUGGAUGCAAGUUAAAGAUGACGGAUUUCCUGUCCAAGGCUGUGAAGACAUCUUGGUAGUUGGACUGGCAGUAUGUUGGGGUGGAAAAGAUGCCUACUAUAUCUCUUUGCAGCAGAUACAAGACCAGACUGAAAUCAGUAUGAGUUUGGCACCGCCACCUUUGGACAAAAACCUAUCUGUAACAGAGAGACUGUAUCAUCUACAGCUGUACCUGCAGAAGAAGUCCAAGCAAGAGCGGUCGCUUGUCAUGUAUAACUUCAUUCAGCACUACAAGACUCUGGUGACGGCUUGUGGCAUCUCCUUGGAAGGAAGUUUUGAGGACCCAAAGGUUGCAUGUUGGCUGCUUGAUUCUGGCUCUAAGGAACGUACACUUCACAACAUGGUGACUAACUUUCUCCCCAACGAGCUACCUCUACUGGAAGGGGUAGGCACCGGACAAGGGGUGCAGAGUCUGGGGCUUAGUGCAAGCAGAGAUCAUUCUGGGAGGUACAGAGCAGCAAUAGAGUCUGUGCUUAUCUUCAAUGUCAUGAACCAACUCCGUAAUGAAUUACAGAAGGAAAAUCUGACAGAUGUAUUUUCUAAAGUGGAGAUGCCCACCCAUUAUUGCUUGGCUCUGCUGGAGCUGAACGGCAUUGGUUUUAGCACAACAGCGUAUGAAACCCAGAAACAGGUCAUGCAAGCUAAACUGAGCGAGAUUGAGACCAAGGCGUAUCAGCUGGCAGGCCACAGCUUCUCCUUGACCAGCCCUGAUGACAUUGCAGAGGUUUUGUUCCUGGAGCUGAAGCUGCCACAACAUGGAGAUGUGAAAGUUCAAGGGAACAAGAAAACUCUGGGUUACACCAGAAGAACAACUGCUAAAGGAAACAGAGUUAGGUUGAGCAAGCAGUUCAGUACAACCAAGGACAUUUUGGAGAAAUUAAAGACACUUCACCCGUUGCCAGGGCUGAUAUUGGAAUGGAGGAGGAUCAACAAUGCCAUUACUAAAGUGGUGUUUCCACUACAGAGGGAAAAGCGAUUGAAUUCUGCACUGGGAAUGGAAAGGAUAUAUCCAGUCUCACAGACUCACACAGCUACAGGUCGAAUAACCUUCACAGAGCCAAAUAUCCAGAAUGUGCCAAGAGAUUUUGAGAUCGAAAUGCCAACUGUGGUUGAAGAAAGCCCACCUUCCCGAGCCCAUGGAAAUGUUAAUUCUCGUGCUGUUUUGGGGGGCAGAAAGCGUUCCAGUAUUUUGCCUAAUGACCUAAAGGUUCAGGCUGAAGACAGAUCUGAAGAAAGAGGAAUACCGUUUUUUGUUAGCAUGAGGCAUGCUUUUGUUCCCUUCCCAGGUGGCUUAAUCUUGGCUGCCGAUUACUCUCAGCUUGAACUGAGGAUCCUUGCUCAUUUGUCCUGUGACUGUCGACUCAUUCAAGCCUUGAAUGGAGGUACUGAUGUCUUUAAGAGCAUUGCAGCAGAAUGGAAAAUGAUUGAUCCCGAAGCUGUUGGAGAUAGGACCAGACAACAAGCUAAACAGAUUUGCUACGGAAUCAUCUAUGGAAUAGGAGCAAAAUCUUUAGGCGAGCAGAUGGGAAUUGAUGAAAAUGAAGCUGCCAAUUACAUUGAAUCCUUCAAAUCAAGAUACACAGGGAUUCAGCAAUUCUUGAGGGAGACAGUGAGGAGCUGCAGAAGAGAUGGGUUUGUGCAGACCAUCCUGGGAAGACGGAGAUACCUGCCAGCUAUCAAGGAUCCAAACCCCUACAGUAAAGCUCAUGCAGAGCGACAGGCUGUGAAUACAACUGUUCAGGGAUCUGCUGCAGACAUUGUCAAAACAGCCACCGUGAACAUUCAGAGACGCCUGGAAGCUUUCUCCUCUGCGAUCAAGUCCCAUGGGCAUCUGGAGAGCUCCUUCCAGAGAGGUAAGACCGGAAGGCUAGCGAGGAAGAGAAACAGAGGGAUGUUACAUCCCAUCAGCGGAGGUUUCUUUAUCCUCCAACUCCAUGAUGAGCUCCUCUAUGAAGUUGCAGAGGAUGAUGUCAUCCAGGUCGCUCAGAUUGUCAAGCAUGAGAUGGAAAACGCCAUCAAACUCUCGGUAAAACUGAAUGUUAAAGUGAAGAUUGGACCUAGCUGGGGAGACCUGCAGGACCUGGAGCUCUGA